CGCCGGGGCGGGAAACGCGCGCCCGCGCUGGAGCCCGGCCAGGCCGCGCGCAGCAAACAUGAAGGUCAUCACUUGUGAAAUAGCGUGGCAUAAUAAGGAGCCUGUUUACAGCUUAGACUUCCAACGUGGAGCUGAUGGGAAGAUCAAUCGACUGGCCUCAGCAGGUGUAGACACAGCUGUUCGGAUAUGGAAAGUGGAAAAAGGACCAGAUGGAAAAGCAAUUGUGGAAUUCUUGUCCAACCUCGCCCGCCAUACCAAAGCAGUAAAUGUUGUGCGCUUCUCUCCAGGUGGUGAGAUCCUAGCAUCUGGAGGAGAUGAUGCUGUUAUAUUAUUGUGGAAGCUGAACGAUAGCAAAGAAUUGGAACCAUUAGUUUUUCAGGAUGAAGGUGAAGCUCAGCUCAACAAGGAAAACUGGACAGUCGUUAAAACUUUAAGAGGCCACUUAGAAGAUGUCUAUGAUAUUUGUUGGACCUCAGAUGGAAAUUACAUGGCAUCCGCUUCUGUAGAUAACACAGCUAUAAUGUGGGAUGUUAAUAAAGGACAGAAGAUUUCAAUAUUAAAUGAACACAAGAGUUAUGUCCAAGGAAUAACCUGCGAUCCUCUAGGCCAGUACAUUGCAACUCUGAGUUGUGAUAGGAUCCUGCGGGUGUACAACACGCAAACCAGGCGUGUAGCAUUCAAUGUUACCAAAAUGCCGUCCGGAUCAGGAGCUGAAGGAGAGGCUAGGAGCUAUCGGAUGUUUCAUGAUGACAGCAUGAAGUCAUUUUUCCGCAGGCUCAGUUUUACUCCUGAUGGCUCCUAUUUACUCACUCCAGCUGGCUGUGUUGAAUCAGGAGAAAAUGUAACAAACACCACGUAUGUUUUCUCCAGAAACAAUCUUAAAAGGCCUGUGGGUCACCUGCCAUGUCCUGGAAAGGCAACUCUUGCUGUUCGCUGCUGCCCAGUCUACUUUGAGUUGAGACAAGCGUUUAAUAAAGAUGAAAUCAGUCAGAAAUCAUCUCCUGCUCUGUUUAACCUGCCCUAUCGAUUGGUGUUUGCUGUUGCUUCAGAAGAUUCUGUGCUUUUUUAUGAUACUGAGCAGUCCUUCCCCUUUGGUUAUGUUUCUAACAUACAUUAUCACACCCUGAGUGACAUUUCGUGGUCCAGCGAUGGAGCCUUUCUCGCUAUUUCUUCCACGGAUGGUUACUGUUCAUUUGUUACCUUUGAGAAGGGUGAACUGGGAAUACCACUGAAGGAGAAACCACAGAUAAAUGUCAGGACUUCUGGGGCAACAGAGAAGAAAGUGAAAAGGAGCCAGUCACACAAAGUCGUUUCCUCAGGCUCUAGGCUGACAGAGGGGACGCCUCUCAGCAGGGUCAACGACCCCAGCACUCCCACCCUCCAACCUAGAACACCCACAGCUGCUGGUAAGGACUUGCCUUCCACACCUGUUGGCAUAAAAAAUGUUCCAGUCUCAUCCUCAGACGAGAGGAAAAUCAGCCAGCCAGCCAGCCAGAGCACUAAAGUAAACCAGCCCAGGAGGAUUACUCUCAACACUUUACAAGCAUGGAGCAAGACGCCAAGGAGAGUAAACUUGAUACCACUGAAGUCAGAUACACCAACCUCUGCAUAUACAGAUACAGUUCCUGUACCUCCUUCCUCAGAACAGGAACACGAGAGGCCAUUACCAUCUGAUGACAGUCUUCAAAAUCCCCCAGCAUCGAAACGUCUUAGAACUGAGGAAACGUCCCUUUCUACUUCUGCUGAAGAUCAAAUCAGCUGCAAUUCAAACAAAUAAAGGCUGAGCUUUUAGUAGACUCUUCACAGUCUUAAGGUGAUUCAGCCAUAUCUCAGAAUGCAUCUCUCUCUGCAAAUGUUAAAUCCUCAAUUCCUGAUUAAAGUACCAUAUGCAUAUUUGACGUAGUGCUGUGAAGAAAGAAACUGGCAGUAGAAGACACAGGUUUCAGGAACGUAGCUUUGCAGAAGAGGAAGUAGCUGGAAAGAGACUUUUAAGUGCAUUUCUACUUCUUGAAGAUAGCAUUCUUCAAGAAGUGCCACAGCUUAAGGAAAUCAGGGAAAUCUGGGUAUUGAAAAGCCAUACAGUAACCUAAGAGUCUCCAUCAAAGUCCCUAAGUUGAUGUUUUAUGUCCUCCAGUAACCUGUCUGGCAAAGGAAUAGUAUUUCUAAGGACUUAAAUGCAUUCAUACUGAUUUGAUGUGGUUUAGGACCAAGAAAAAGAGAAACCAUUUCAUUCAAGCAUCUUGGCUUAUAUGUUUAGCAGUGUGCAAAAUAAUUCCUGCUCUCCGGUACGUGUGUAAUGGAAUUUGAUGUUCACAUACUCUGAAUGCAGCAGCAUACACUAUGACUGAUAUGAUUGAAACAGAUCAGAACUUGAACCUGCAAGAAACAAGAAAGCAAAAUGAAGGAACCCUCUAAAGACGUCUUAUAGGCAUUAAACAGUGGAAGAAAGUUUUUAAUUGUUUAGUUUCUGUAUUAAAAAAAAAAAAUACAGAAAUAAGACACUCCUGAGGCAGCAGGAUUUGAGUGUAUACAUUAGACGUUUCCCCUUUUUCUUUUUUCCAAAUCUUGACUACCUUUGCCAAUAAAAUGUAAUACAAAUCCAUUGUAUGUUAAACUUCUAAAAGUUGAUUUUUUUUUUUAGCAUUUAAUACUUGCACUAAGCAUUUAGCAUUUAAUAAUUGUUAUAUGAUCUGCAGAUAGAAAACAAUGAGACCAAAAUAUUUUAAAAUCACUGGAUUUGCUAUGGUGUGCAGGCCUAGCGUCUAGAAGUAGAAUGCUUAGCCACAGUAUUGUGAGCUUAACAUCAUGGACUUAAUUUUAAAAAGUAAGAUAAUUCUUAAAAUAUGAGUAGUCAUUCUGGCUGAUGAUAGCAUGUAGAAAUUUUAAGCAGAAUUUUCCGUCAUGAAUUAGGCUAUUCUAUAAUUUGAAGUUCCACAGUACACAGGAGCGGAGAGCUGCAAUUCAUAUUAAAGCUCUGACUUUAAUUCUUCCCUGGAUUUGGUUGUUUUUAAGGUGUGUAAUUUACUUAGUAUUUGUUUUCUGUCAGUUUCUAAGAAAGUGGACUAAUAUUUCAGAAAAGCAGAAACACAGAUGUUUCACAGUUGAUUCCUAAAAAUUUCAUAGGGAGGAAAUACUAACAAAUACCUGUGUCAGUGUUUCAGGCUAAUGAAGUACAUUGCCUACAAUUAAAUUUCAACAUACAUUAAUAUGCAAAGAGUUGUAGGAAACUAACUGUAUCUUUGCUUUCAACCACUGAGAUGAAGCUUCAUUAGAUUUACCCAAACCUGGGUUUUCUUCUGGUGAGGAAUAUAAAGAUUUAAUUACCAAGCAAGGGCACAUCUAAAACUGUCAUCUUCCCCAAAAGUUUGUAGAGAUACCUAAAUUAAAGUCUGUAGAGCUAUCAAAUUGAUAGCUGAAAGAGAUAUUUGUAACUAACAUGCAUUUCUGGAGUUGCUAUUUUAUAGUUUGUCCAGUUUGAGCUAUGAGAACAUUGGUAUUUCAUCUUCCUGUGAGAUGGUGACCCACUUAGUACAGUACUGCAGUGUUUUGAUUUGCGCACUGCAAAGGAUCCUUUGAAUUCAAACUUAUACUUCUAACUACUAAUUGCAAAGCUGUCCUGAUAAGUAUUUUUAAAUCUUUUUUUGUCUUGUUUUUUAACAGUGUAUUUCAAUGUAAGCUGCUCUUUCCAUUGAAAACUAGUAGGUUGGGUAUGUUUAGUGUUAUUGGCAUACCUCGUCUCUGGUCUUCAGAUGCAACUAAUCGCCAGAGUAUUCAUCUUUAUUCCACACCAUAACCAUUCAAGUGCCAUCCACAUUUUUUUAUGUGGUUGCUCUGCUUAUUUUUGCUGUCUUACAAUCUAAAUGGAGCUGUAAAGUUAAUGUGGCUUUCACUGCUGCCAUUUGGAGACUACUUUCACAUCAUGAUCUUGGUCAGAAUGCUCUACCUGAUAUUUUGUCUUCCCUUGUAGGAAUUUUUGCCCUUUAGUUCUAGUUGUCUCUUGGCACUAUGAUUUCCUACUUCUCUAUUGAUUCUGUUACUUACACACUACUUUGUCAAAUUCAUACAACACUAGGUUUUUAACCUUUUUCUAUAUUUUUAACCUUUUUUCUAUACAUGGAUGCCAUCAUUCAUAUAAUAAAUGACUGUCUUUAACACUGUGACAGUCCGAACUGUAGAUUCCUGGGUUUUGUGAUCCCUGUUUAAGUCUCCAGGGGGCCAUCCCCACAUAACAUUCAUACUCAAGACAUUGAAAACUAUUCUCACAGUUUAUAGAAAGUGACUUCAUGUUUUGUUUAGUCAUGCUCUAGACUCUGCUCCAAGACAGAACAUGCCCAGUGCUAUUUCAGUUCUUUCUUGACUGCUUCAUAAGGUGAUGUAUUGCAUAGACAUAAUUCUUUCAAGGGUGCUCUUUAGCCCAGGUUUGACUUAAAUGUUAUUUUAAUUUGGCCAGCUGAAUUGUUUUUACUUCAAAUGGACCCUGAGUUCAUAUUCCAGCUGUGAAUACAGCGUAGGUGUAGUCUUCUUAGGUCACAUUUUGCUCAGUGGCUUCUGUAAGGAUGUUACCCACUCUUAAGGACUAUUAAUCCUGUUUCUUGAUGAGAUAGCAUUGUGGGAAAAUGCCCUAUCUAUGUCUUUCAACCUCACAGCAGUAAGCAGAGGGAGCUGAACUCAGAGAAUUGCUGUAAGAGGCAGCAAAUUGCUGUUAAACUCAGGGAACCAUGUAACUCCAUUUGGGGUGUCCAAGCCCUGCUCCCAUCAGCACGUUUGCUACCGGUGUGUGUCAAUGCCCCACAGACCAGUCUCCUGAAAAAAAAAAAAAAAAAAGCCAAAAAAACCCCACAGUUGCAGAAAGUCAUUUCCCUGGGCUGACAGAGGGGACUGCUUGAGCAGAGGAGCUGGAGGACCUCCAGGGGUCCCGUCCGACCUCACCCAUUCUGUGAUUCUGUUGCCAUUUCCAGUUGGGUGUAGUUUGAAAGAGCGGGUGAUUUAAUGCUUAAGAUGGAGAAGUUACUCACCAGUCCGUCGUGGGAAUGCAUUGAGAUACGUGGUCGUUGUCUGGCAUCUCUCCCCAUCUUCCUCAGGAUCGCAUGGGGUUUGCACAGGUGCGCGCAGCAUAAUGAAAGGUGGGGAGCAAGCGCCUCCACUCCGGCUACUGCACAGAUACAGCCGCCUGCAUUCUCCGACAGUGUAAACAUCUGUGUGGACUGUAUAUUUCAUGACUUACAGCUACAGACAAGUGAUCCUUUCCCUUUUCCAGAUUGGUUUUCUUGCAAGUCUUAGAUGUGCUAUGCAUGUACUUCUCUGGCUUGAUGGUAGAUCUUCUAAAAGGUCAUCGUUAUGUCCCAGUUCUGCAUACUUCCUUAUUUAAGUUGUGUCUGUACGUACGUGUAAUGAUUUUUCCGUGUUAGAAAAAUGUUUUGUUCUUUACCUUAAACCUUGUGCCUUUUUUUAUAAGUUCAGUGAAGGGCUGGAAAAGCCCACACUGCAGAAGCACAAAGCCUGAGACUUCUGUGUAAAAACAAAGUGCAGAGCCACCACUGGAUGUCACUCAUCUAGCAGGAUUCCUCCUCCUGGGGCUAUGGGGGAAAAAAUACUACCGGCAGUGAGAAGAAAGAAAACACGGUUUUCUAUUUAAAACCAAGCUGUAGGUGAAUCUGUAUGGUAAAUUUACACUGUAACCAAAUAAAUUGAUUCUAUUGUU